AUGGACAGCACUACUCAAUCAAACUCCCCCAACACCAGAGGAGGUACAGCCCAUCACAAACCCUCAGUCAAACUCCCCCAACACCAGAGGAGGUACAGCCCAUCACAAACCCUCAGUCAAACUCCCCCAACACCAGAGGAGGUACAGCCCAUCACAAACCCUCAGUCAAACUCCCCCAACACCAGAGGAGGUACAGCCCAUCACAAACCCUCAGUCAAACUCCCCAGAGGAGGUACAGCCCAUCACAAACCCUCAGUCAAACUCCCCCAACACCAGAGGAGGUACAGCCCAUCACAAACCCUCAGUCAAACUCCCCAGAGGAGGUACAGCCCAUCACAAACCCUCAGUCAAACUCCCCAGAGGAGGUACAGCCCAUCACAAACCCUCAGUCAAACUCCCCCAACACCAGAGGAGGUACAGCCCAUCACAAACCCUCAGUCAAACUCCCCCAACACCAGAGGAGGUACAGCCCAUCACAAACCCUCAGUCAAACUCCCCCAACACCAGAGGAGGUACAGCCCAUCACAAACCCUCAGUCAAACUCCCCCAACACCAGAGGAGGUACAGCCCAUCACAAACCCUCAGUCAAACUCCCCCAACACCAGAGGAGGUACAGCCCAUCACAAACCCUCAGGGAUGGAGGGAACAUAACAGGGCAGGAGAAGAGGAGAGGAAGGGCAACAUUGAAACCAUAAGUAGGAGCGAAGUUGCCAUUUACCAGUCGUGAGAAACGGCUUUGAUAUGGAGUGGCAGCGUGCAAGAUGAAAGUACAGACCACUUCUUCUCUUUUUACAUUUAUUUUAAACAGAUG